AUGCCAGGAGAAUCAUCACCAUCCCUGAAGACGGUUCCCGGACUUUUCGGCGCGACCGUUUCGGCGCCGGACAUUUCGACGCGGGUGUUUCGGCACGGGAGGCUUUCGGCGCACGGCUUUGUUGUAUAUUCUGUUAUAAUUUUUGCGACGGAUGAUAAUCUGCAGAAGCUAGCAUCUUCCCCCAUUUGGUUCGCUGACGGAACUUUCAAAGUUUCCCCGAAAAUUUUUACUCAAGUUUUCGUCAUUCAUGGUAUGCACUUGGAUAACGCUUACCCUUUUGUCUACGCUCUGUUGACGAAUAAAAGUGAAGAAUCUUAUACAACGGUUUUUAUGCAGGCGAAACAAUAUUUCAUCGAUAAUAACAUAGCCACUUCAGGGGAUUUAACUAUUAUGUGUGAUUUUGAGCUAGCCAUCAUCAACGCGCAGCAAUACUUCCACCUCGCACAAUCAGUGUGCAGACACGUGCAGGAUGCAGGAUUGCAGGCUCAAUACCGAGAUGAAAAUGAUAGGUCAAUAAAAAUCGGUGUCCACAGUGUCCUCGGGUUGGCGUUCGUUCCAACUGACGACGUGGCAGAAGCCCUCGACUUACUUGAGGAAGAUCUGCCAGAUGAACUUUUAGGAACAGUCGAGUACUUUGACCGGGUUUACGUCCGAGGAAUGGACCACUAG